AUGGAAUCCGACACAUCAAUUCCAGUACAGUUGCGAACACUCUGCAACAUUCUGGAAACUCCCAACGGCCACCAAUUCCUUUCAUUUCUGGGAAAUCUGGAUGGAAAGCGAAUCAACGAGAUGUGCUCGCGAUAUUUAAACGAACUCAACGAUAACCAGAAUAAUAAGAAUAAUCAUAAUAAUUCACCAAUACUUGAAAUUACUACACCUACUGCUAAUAAUAAUACUCGAAAACGAUCGGCUUCAACAAAUAUUGAUGAUGUUUUGGAUGUAGAAGCGGUUGUCGAUUCAAUGAUCGAAACUUUGAUAGAAAAUGAGAAACGACAAUUAUUGGAGCGCCAAAAGCAGCUUGUCGGGCAAAUUAACGAUUCCGGAAUGAAAAGUUCGAGUGGAUUCAGAGAAAAAGCGUUGGUAGAGGAGAAAAUCAUGGUAUUUUGAAAUUCUAACAUGGUUUUCAAGCGAAAUUCUUCAUUUUCAGGUCAAAAAGCGGCUGCGAACCUUGGAAGAAGCUGAAGGAGUCCAAGUGUGUCUCGAUGUUAUCAAUCUGGAGGCCACCGCGAAAUCGAAACCACCACCACCGCAAACACCGAAAAUAUUAGCAGCGCCAUCGGCGGCGAACCUAUUCACACCGGAUAAACUGACACAAGAGAAGACGAUGUUUGCCGCGCCGAAUAUCACAACUCCGAUGUUGGAGGAUUCGCUGAUGGAACGUAUAGAUCUAAUGGGCGGUCCGGCAAAAAAUUUACAAACACUGGCUGUUUAUGAUAAUUUUCAAUCCACGUCGGAUGUUGGUUUCGAUGAGUCAUUUUUGGAGACAUUUCUAGAACCACCAGGAGGCAUCUCAAUUCAACGGGCUGAAAUUCAGAUUCCAACAUCUUCUAGCGCCUAUGACGUGGCUACACAAUUCAAUUCAUCUUCGAGAGAUGUUGGCCGGAGUUCACCCACACCCUCAACAUCAUCAACUUCGUCAUCAUCUUCCGAUGCGAAUUCGCUAUAUGGAAAUGCGUCAUUUUUCGUGCCAGUUGAUCAAUACCUAGAUUCGGAUCCGCAUGUGAAAAUUGGAACUCGUGUUCAGAAGGAUCAAUUCAAUUGUUGUCGUUGUACGAAAAUUUGCAGAACUCGUGCAAAACUUUUGGUUCAUUCGACAAUGGAACAUCGAGUCGGAAUUGUGAGUUAUAUUGCCCGAAACUUUCGAAAAUGUUCAAAUAUUGAUGAAGGAAUCUCAAAAUGCAUUUACUUCACAACAAAAUUGAAGUUGAACAUAAAUUUGACAAGGGAAGUGCAUGAGGUCAGGUUCUGAAACUUUGAUGAAACAUUUCGAAAUAUACCAAAUCGACCAUGCUGAUCACAAUUCCGAAGUCAAAAAUUGCCACAAAUGCCUGUGAGCACUUUUCUGGAGCUCCAAAGUUAGUUCGUCCAUUUUCACCAUUUUCCCGGGUGAAAAAUCAACUUUUAUAACUUGGACAAGAUUGUUCACCACAUUCUAAAACCUAUCAGCUUUUUAGUUUUUCGAAAAAAAAAAUGAAAAACCAGCUGAAAACUAAUUUUAGAGAAAAUCCUGAAAAUACACGUUUUUCAAAGUUUUUUGUGCAUUUUUGAAAGUUACAGUUUUUAUUUGAUAUUUUUUGAUAAACUAAACUGCUGAUAGGUUUUCGAAUGUGGUGAACAACCUUGUCCAAGUUAUAAAAGUUGAUUUUUCACCCGGGAAAAUGGUGAAAAUGGACGAACUAACUUUGGAGCUCCAGAAAAAUACUCACAGGUAUUUGUGGCAAUUUUUGACUUCGGAUUCGUGAUCAGCAUGGUCGAUUUGGUAUAUUUCGAUAUGUUUCAUCAAAAUUUCAGAACCUCAUGCACUUCCCUUGUCAAAUUUAUGUUCAACUUCAAUUUUUUUGUGAGGUAAAUGCAUUUUGAGACUCAUUUAUCAACAUUUGAAGAUUUUAAAAAGUAUUCAGUUUUCAUUUUUUUUACCCUAAAACUAAAAUUUUGCAGGUUAACCAAUGCUUUGCGUGUGGAAAGUGCUACACUACAGAAACCACGUUCAGAAAACACAAAUGCGCUGCUCUCCAGAACAUUGGAAAUUAA